UCUUUUCCCUCCAACUCGGAUCCUCAAUCCGACGGAGCCCAAUGACGACAGUAGAGGUACAUGUACAGGUACCAACCAGUACGGUAUCCUGCAUUGUAGAAUUUGAUUAUCAUUAGUUGAGCAAGAUGCUUCCAUCCAAAUCAAAGAAGACAAAGGCAGGCAUAAGGGCACCUAACCAGCCAUCGCUGUUUUCCUUCUGGGGACAACAGAACAAGAAGAUCAAAACUGUAACAUCUUCCGAUCGAGCAAAGUCUACUACCGGUACUAGUAGACCGAAGACAGAUAGCAGUGCCAAUCCUUUGGUUGGAAACAAGCGAAGAAGAUUAGACUCCAGAAAUCCUUCUGAUGGAUCGAAAUCGGCACAAGAGAAAGUCCCAGUAAUAGCCAGUGAACAAGCGAGACCCGUUGUAUCAGCUGGUGCCAACCCAGAGGCGGCCAUAGACAUGCAAUGUUUCUCUUUUCAGUCGAGGGGUGUUGAUGAGAAGGCGAUAUCACCGGAGGAAACCAAAGAAGAUUUGUCUUUAGUGAAAACUGCUUCAUUAUCGACAAUUAAAGAAAGUGAAUCAGUUUCCACAAAAGAAACUGCCACAUCACCUAAGAGACCCGAGACCAAGACGAAGGAAGAAUGUGUUAAUGAUGAUGAGAAGGAGGAAUUCGAAGAGGAGUCAGACAAGGAAGAGGAAAAGGAGGACAAGCCAAAGGGCAAGAAUGACAACAAUCCCGAAGGACUCUGUGAAUACGAGUUGUUGCGCCUUCGCAAUAUUGCGCGAAACAAUGCCCGCCUGGAAGCUCUGGGGUUGCUCUCCAAGAGUAAUAACGACGGCAUGAUCCACAAAAGGACAAGCAAAGCAGCAAAAUCCAAGCGUCCAUCCAAACGGCCUGCUAACUUUGAGACGACUGCAACACGGCGAUCCACACGACGGUCCACCCGCCUUGCUAAGCCCAGCGUUGAAGUUGAGACUGAUGCCAGCACAGAUAAUACUCAAUUGGAAAAUAGUAGCGAUACCCGUACGGGAGAAGACCUGGAAGAAGAACUGGACGAGCAGGUCUACGAAGUAUCACCUGUUGUGCAGUACGAAAUGGAACAACAUCAGGUUUCCAAACGACAUCCCACAUUGCAUCAAACGACAACAGCUUGCGUCACUAACUCAACUGACGCUCAGGAGUCGGCCACGUUGGUUCCUACUGGUCAACGCCUCGCCCCGCCCCAAGGACUAUCCGCAAUCUAUUCCCUCAACUUUUGGGAGGAUACAAACUGGAUCGUUGGUGCAGGAAAAGCUGGCAUCGUUGCUCUAUGGAAUUGUUGUGAGCAUCCACGUGAUGCCGAACCAACGGAGGUUCGCCAUGUGGAUCCAAUCUUUUCCUGGAAAGCGCACGGUGGUCGAUGGAUUUCCGAAGCUCAAUUCCUUUCCACCAACAAUAAUGGCACCUCCGAUGGUGCUGCCCCUUCGCGCCUGGCGACGGCAGCAAAUGACGGUACGGUCUGCUUAUGGGAUUUGCGACAGGUGUCGACCGAAACGGGGUCCCCAAAGUUGGUGCUUCAAAGUGAUAAAACCUUGCAUUCCAGCGGUAUCUUUGCCAUGGAUAUUGGGGCUUCCAGCGGCAUAGAUGCAAAGGUUGCGACAGGGUCCAAAGACAAGACGGUAGCUGUGUCACGCCUCAGGGAGGAUGCUGGCCGACCUGAACCAUUUUGGAGAUCGUACGUGCACAGAGCCAAGGUGGGGGCUGUCAAGUUCCGAGACGAACAUGUGUUGGCGACGGCAUCAGAUGAUGGAUGCGUAUCGAUUCUGGAUGAUAGAAUGAAAGGGGGAGACUCCUCUCCGGUGUUCUUGUUGGAGAGUCUGCACCAGGGGCGUCCGCAUUCGGUCGUGUGGGAGGAUAGUAGCCCAUCAUCACUCCUGCUGACAGCAGGGCUCGAUUCAGUGAUUCAAGCCUGGGAUCUGCGUCUUUUGAAACAGGACAAGGGGGCCCAGCCCAUGCCAGUCUAUGAAUAUUUCGGUCAUGUCCCAACUUCGACACGUCGAUGCAAGCGCAUUCAUCACCCCAAGCUGUACCAGAGCUCCAAAAGUGGCCGUUUCAUUCUGACAGGCGGACAAGACAGCCACGCCUUGUCCAUGUUUCAGUUUCAGGCCCAACCCGUCGACACUAGCGUGCCUCAUUCCGCCAGUGGAAUCAGAAGGACAGUCAGAUCUGCAGUGUUUAGUCGAGGCGGACUUCCAGAGGAUUGCCAACAUGCCGAUAUUGGAUCAGUUGCUGUGCAACAUGAACUGGUGGCUGCGACCGUGGAAGGGGAGGUACUGCUGUUGAGGCCAUCAACCUAGAGUGGCCAGAUCUUCCAAUCUCUUGCUUGCUGGUGUUUCUACUGAGCUGGUGUACGACCAAACUCUGGUUUUCCAGUCUCUUGGAUAUCAACUAACUGGACACUUUUAAAAUUGAUGUGUGACUCGUCGGCUAGGUCUGGUCGCGAAUGACUAACAGGCAAGCAAGCGAUCGUUUGUAUUCCGGUUCAGUCUGACUGGAUGUUCAUACGAGCUGGCGGAAUCAUGGUAGAAAUAAACAAAGAUCAGGUUUGAUGAUUAGCCAAUGUUUCCUAUGUCCAUCUUUACUUGACUCUUCUUGAUCCCAGCA